UCUUUGAUUCUGAUGGUUCACAUGUCACAUUGACUGGAAACCAGAGGAUGAGCGGUUGUGUGGAGGAAGAGAACAAAUCAGAGUCUCCAGUAUCCACCUGUGUGUCCAAACAUCAUCCUCCAGACUUCAGUGAUGAAGCUGGACCCUCAGACUUAAAAUAAGAGACUGUUUCUACUGAAAGCAGUUCAGUAAUUUACCUUAAUGGAGGAGGACAGACAGAAUAGCGCUACACCUGACCGACAUAAAGGUUGUGAGUGUUGAGACCAGUUCAAAGUGCAAUCGUGACGUGACAAAAUACAUCUAAAGGGCCGCCGUUCAACAUCCAGAGUCCUGACAGUCAGUCAGCUCCAUCUGCCACACUGUGAAACCAUGUCGAUUUAUGUCCGGCGCCGGCGUUUCAAGAUUUCCAGGAUUUUACUACCAAAUAGAGGCCAGGUUCUGCUGUUCCUCCGACCUCCAGACAUACAUCAUCAAAUACUCAAUGUAUUUCUGCUGCCGAGCAACAUUUCUCUGGACGAGGUUAAAGCCCAACAAGGAGAAGCUGAGUACAUCAGGGUCCCCUCUGACUAUUAUCUCAUCAUUGGUCAAAGUUACAGUGUUCACUGUGAUGAGGCCUUCAAAAUACAGCCUGAGCAUGCACAAGUUGACAUAGAGUGUGGACCAAUUUUCUUACCAACAUUUGAGGUUUUCCUCCCCAUAAACCAAGAGAAAGUGACUUUGAUGGUCAAAGACCAAGAGGGGACACAAGUGUGGAAAUGUGUUGUGAAUCUGAAUCUAACAGGUCCAAGAAGAAAAAAUCUACAGAGGAAUCUCCAAAGAGGAAAGAGAACCAAGAUGACGGAGGUGGACCUCAUCAACCUUCUGGACGAUUUGGCAGAUGAUGAAUUUAAGAUCUUCAAGUGGCUCCUGAAGAAUGAAAAGGUGGGUGACAUUGAACCCAUCAAAGAGAGCCGGCUGUCGAGGGCAGAGAGGGAGGAAAUUGUGGAUCUGAUGGUGCAGAAAUAUGAAUUUGCUGGAGCUGUAAAGGUGAUGAAGAGCGUUUUAAAGAAGAUCAACAGGAAUGAUCUGGUGAUGAAGCUGUCAAACAUCAGCUCAGGAGCAGAAGGUGGAGAGAGUAGCACUGGUGCCACCGUAGUACAGAAGCCCACAACUUCAGAGCAACCUGCAGGUCCGUCCACAUCCAACACAACCCUCAAUGUAUCUGAGGACAACAGAGAAGAUCAGCUGGGUCCUGAUGAUCCAGAGAGGUUGUUCAGAGAGGACUUCAGACCCGAAGUGCUGACUGAGUCUGCAAACAUUUCAUACAGGUUCAGGGGUCCUGGUCCAGGUGUGUUCCGGUGUACUUUGACUGGACUCGUGUUUGUUAUGGCUCAGGAGGCGGAGCUGCUGUACAGGACUGUCCAAUGGGAUGAAAGUCACCUACAACCAGCUGGCAAGAUGGCUGCAGGGCUGCUGUUCAACAUCCAGAGUCCUGACGGUGCUCUCAGUCAGCUCCAGCUGCCACACUGUGAAACCAUGGAUGCUCCGCUCCCUGAAGGUCUGCUGUCUGUCGCCCACAUCGCUGAUGAUGGAAUGAGCAUCCUGGAGCCGCUGGAGAUUACAGACACUCAUGUGGUUGUGAAUGUCCCUCGUCUCUCUGCCUUUGGCCUGGUCUGGGAUCUCGCUAUAUUACUAAACAUCCCAAUACGAAUUAGAGGCCAGGUUCUGCUGUUCCUCCGACCUGUGGACACAUGUCUUCAAAAACUCAAUGUAUUUCUGUUGCAGGACAACAUUCCUCUGGAAGAGGUUAAAGCCAAACAAGGAGAAGCUGAGUACAUUGAGAUCGCUUCUGACUGUUAUCUCAUCAAUGGUCAAAGUUACAGUGUUCACUGUGAUGAGGCCUCCACAAUACAGCCUGAGAAUAAAGAAUUUCGCCCAAAGUACGGUCCAAAUUUCCACCCAACAUUUGAGGUUUUCCUCCCUACAAAACAAAAGAAAGUGAAAGUGAAAAAGAAGAAAGUGACUUUGAUGGUCAAAAAUGAACAGGGGGCACAAGUUUGGAAAUGUGACGUGUAUCUGAAUCUAACAGGUCCAAGAAGGAAAAAUCCAAAGAGGAAUCUCCCAGCAGGAGACACCGUCCCAGCAAAGAGAACCAAGAUGACAAAGACUGACCUCAUCAACACUCUGGGUGAUUUGGUAGAUGAAGAAUUCAAGAGCUUCAAGUCGUACCUGAAGGAUGAAAAGGUGGACAACACUGAACCCAUCAAAGUGAACAAGCUGGCGAAGGCAGACAGACAGGAAACUGUGGAUCUGAUGGUGCAGAAAUAUGAAUUUGCUACGGCUGUGAAGGUGAUGAAGAGUGUUUUAAAGAACAUCAGCAGGACUGAUCUGGUGAGGAAGUUGUCAAACAUCGGCUCAGGAGCAGAAGGUCCUGAUACGGCAGAUUGUUGAAGGAGUGUCUGAAGCUGUUUCAUGCAAGCUGCUGGAUAAACACCUGGAUCAUGGGGUCAUAAUGGUGUCAUUCCUAUUAUUGUUCAUUUUCUAUCAAAAAAUUAAAUUUUUCCAUGAUGUUAUUAUUAUUUCAUCUGAAGGAGGGUUUGUUAAACUACUAGAAAAAUAUAUAUGUCCAGCUCAGGAUAUUAUGGUCUAAUAAGUUUGACCAAAUUCUUUGCAAGAAAGCACAUGUGUUGGUGUUGUGUGUGUGGUUGCCCACCAGGAAAACUAUCACAAAUGCUGUCUUUUUCAUCCUGUUUUAAGACAAAUUUUUACAAUACACUUUUUAGAUCCUGCUUGUUUUUAACUGUAUAUUGUAACUGGAUGAAGGAUUUUAAUUAUUGGAUGCCUGGAUUUUAAGUUACUGGAGACAGCAAUACUUUAGAGGCCAAGUGAAACUGUACACCUGUACACCAUGCCGUGUAUUGACUGCUGCUUACUCCAGGCGGAGUACCGAGGUGUAUUCCAAGACUGUGGUUUCCUCCACUGGAAGAGGACCUCAAAGGGACACCCUCAACGUGUCCCCCUCUCCCUCCACCACGUCUACUGUCCCAACACUGAAACCUUCUGCCAUCCCAGGGCUCAGGUACUCCACAUUAAUUCAGUGCUCCAUGAACUGCUGUGAGAUAAUCCCUCUGCGUCCUCAGUGGUCACAAAUAAUUGGAUAUAAUGAUAUUAAGCUUCAUCAGUCCGAAAAGUUUAAGGAUGAUUUUAAAACUCUUAUUGACACUGUUCUGGAGUCUGGCAGACAAUCUGUGAUUUCUGGACCCCUACCUCCUUAGUCCAGAUGUGCCAGUUGCAUAUCUGGCUUAAAGGACUCUGCUGUGCAAUGGGAAUUCCUUUCAUGGAUAACUUCCCUGUUUUCUGGAAGCAACCCGGCCUCUUUGCACAGGAUGGACUUCAUCUCAACAAAGGAGGUAAAUUACUCUAUUGUUCCUCAAGGAAGCAUUCUCAGCACAAUUUUGUCUCCCUCUUGGACACAUUAUUAACCAUCACCAUGUCAAUUAUCAUUUUUAGGCUGAUGACACAAUUAUACAUAUCUGUAUCCCCGAAUGACCCCAAUGCGCUGCAUGUUCUCAUUGCCUGUCACACUGACAUUAAUGUAUGGAUGGGUAAAAAAAAAAUUAAAUGAGGAAAAAACUGAAAUUCUUUUCAUAGGACCCACUGCUUAAGACACUCUAUUGGCUACUUUUAUCUUUCAGAACUGAUUUUAAAGUUCUCUUGUCUAUUGUUAAAGCUUCCACUAAAGAGUGGCUGAGACAAACUCCACCCAAACCUACCCCCAAAAUUAAUUAUCUGAAAUGUUAAGUUAAAAUUGGCAAUUAAUUAAGACAUGGAAGCAUUAUCUGCAUGAAACAUUUCCUGCAAUGUUGGUGCUGAACUACAGCUGAGCUCUGUUACAAGAUACAAACUAACACCUUUGCUAGAAGUAUAACGACAGAAAACAACAGGAAGCCCGUUUUGGCCUGAAAAGCGUGUUGCGGUUUUCUGCACCUGGCUGACACCUCUUUAUUUUGCUUUAACUGUUAAGACAUAGAAAAUAUAAAAAUAUCUUAUAUGUAGAGUUCUACAAAUUGUGUUGUGCAAAGUAAACAAAGACAUAUCCAAUAGCAGUUGUUGUUCUG